AUGCAGCAACUUCAGGCCCAGCCCGUCGACAUCAAGGACCUCCUCUACAUCAUCCGCGCCGACGUGCUUGGCCUCGGCUACGAGCAGGGCUGCGGAGAGGCGCAGAAAGUUGUGGACGAGGCACUGAACGAGUGCAAGCACCCAGGGCUAGACGUCAUUGUCAACGAGAAGUUCGAGGAUGGUGGCAAGGAGAAGACCGAUAAGGUUGUGCACGAAAAGAUCUACGGGGAGGACAAGCUCCAAAACGUAGAGAAGGAUGCGGUCGAGGAUAAAAUCGGGAAGGUGGUGCAGAUUUCUGACGGCUACGGUAGCAAGGAAAAGAGCAUCGCGGAAUCCAACACCGACGCCGAGGACGAGCAGAAGGACCUGGACGUCAUCGGCAACGAUCGUUUCGACGUGGUCGACGACAGCAUCGGGAAGGCGGGGAAUGACUCUGACUGCUACGGCAGCAAACAGAAGAACAUCGUCGAACCCAACAUCCACGGCGAGGACAAGCAGGAGGAUAUUGAGGUUACCGGCAGCGAUAGUUUCGAGGACGGUGGCAAUGGCAUUGUCGGCAACACGUGCGAGGAGUGGGGCACGGACAAGGAGCAGGAGUGUGGCGAGCUCCUGAACCUACUCCGAGCCUGCGCGAGGACGGCGCGGCACGAUGGUACCGACCCGUGCGAGCUCCUCGCGCCCAUGUUAAAAGGGCUGCCUAUUGAGCAGCGGUCGCGCGCAGAGGCUGCCAUCUGGCCGAGGCGCGCGCGCGAGGCAUGCCCCGUUUCUGAUUUGGCAAGGCGAUGUUGA